AUGUCUUAUUUCAUGUCUCCACAAACUCAUCCAGGUCUUCUGCCUUCCAGCCAAGGUGGGGCUGCUUCUCCAGGCUCGUCUCUUGGCCUCUAUAGCCCUGGAGAGCCAGUGGUGGUGGCCUCUGGUGGACUAGGCCCACUGAGCCAGAAGGGUGAGCAGGUGGCACCUGUUGCCCAGGCCUGGGGCCCAGCGCUGGCAGUGCCGGAAGCCAGGGGCUGCCCUGGGGGGGCUAGCUGGGAGACACUGCGGCAGAAGGAGUACGGCCGAUACUGCCACAAAUUCCCUCCCACGAGGCAGCCGGAGAGCUUGGGCUGGGAAGAUGGCUGCUCCAGAAGCAGAGCUGCCCACCUGGGUGGCCCCCACAGGCCUGCACCCCUGCUGCUAUGUGGGCUGUCAGCUGGGGUUCUGUCAGUGCCCUCUGAGGCCCGGGGGAAGGAGGCCAGCCCCCAGCCUGACACCUGCAUCCUGACUCUGGCCAUGAUGAUUGCUGGCAUCCCCACCGUGCCUGUCCCAGGCCUGCGGGAAGAGGACCUGAUCCGGGCAGCUCAAGCUUUCAUGAUGGCCCAUCCGGAGCCAGAGGGGGCUAUGGAGGGGGCACAGUGGGAGCAGGCGCAUGCCCACACAGCCUCUGGGCAGAUGCCCCUAGUGAGAUCCAGGAGGGGCCAGCCUCCCGGCUCCUGCUUGUAGCUGGAUGAAAUAGCACCAGA